UGAAUGAUUCCAUGUGUAGAUGAUCGAACACUUCCAAGAUGUCGUUCCUGCAGACGGAGGUGAUCAGCCACACUCGGAGAGUUUGUUCUCUCUACAAAAGAGGGCUUAGAAAUCUUGAAGCAUGGUAUGAUAGACGACCUAUGUAUCGAUACCGUGCUGUACUGCUCAGAGCAAGAUUUGAUGAGAACAAGGAUGUAAAGGACAUGCGAGUAGCUCAACAGCUAAUAGAAGGAGGGGAAAAGGAGCUCUUUAGCCUUCAACAUUAUCAGCCUCGUCAAUUCCCUCUAUCUCCUGGUGGUGUGUCACAUGGACGUGUGGUGGAUGCUCCUGACUGGGUCUUGGACUAUUGGCAUCCAAUGGAAAAGGCAGCAUAUCCUGAAUAUUUUGCCAGACGAGAGCAGCGCAAGAAAGAGUAUGUGGAAUGGUGGGAGAAGACCUAUGGCAAACCAUUUGAACAUUCACAUUAAUGACAGUACAUUUGUGAACAGCUAAAUAUAUGUGUAAAUAGAUGUGGAUCUAGAAAUAAAUGUCAUAUCUUUUUUAAUGGUAACACAAAAACCAUUUUUACUUCAUGAUUUGACUGAAAAUAUGUACAGGAAAGUAUAAAGUAAAAACAGUACUAUAGCUUCAUUUCCUUAAAAUAGAUUCUUCAAAAAUUUUAAUGGUAGACUUAAAUAAAAGUAAGUUAUUGU